AUGGAGCAGCCCCGGAAGGCGGUGGUGGUGACGGGGUUUGGUCCUUUUGGGGAGCACACCGUGAACGCCAGCUGGAUUGCCGUCCAGGAGCUGGAGAAGCUGGGCCUGGGCGACAGCGUGGACCUGCACGUGUAUGAGAUUCCCGUCGAGUACAAGACGGUCCAGAGGCUCAUCCCCGCCCUGUGGGAGAAGCACAGCCCGCAGCUGGUGGUGCACGUGGGCGUGUCGGGCAUGGCCACCACCGUCACGCUGGAGAAGUGCGGCCACAACAAGGGCUACAAAGGGCUGGACAACUGCCGCUUCUGCCCCGGCUCCCAGUGCUGCGUGGAGGACGGGCCCGAGAGCAUCGACUCCAUCAUCGACAUGGACGCCGUGUGCAAGAGGCUCACCACGCUGGGUCUGGACGUGUCCGUGACCAUCUCCCAGGAUGCCGGCAGGUACCUCUGUGACUUCACCUACUACACGUCUCUGUACCAGAGCCACGGCCGCUCGGCCUUUGUCCACGUGCCUCCCCUGGGCAAGCCGUACAACGCAGACCAGCUGGGCCGGGCGCUGCGGGCCAUCAUCGAGGAGAUGCUGGGUGUCCUGGAGCAGUCCGAGAAAAAUCCACUGUCGCCACGGACACUGAGGGCCACGCAGGCCUCCCCGGGCCUCAUCCUACCAGGGACCCAGGAGGAGGCAGACUGUCCGCUGGUGAUCUGA